GAAAUAAAAUACAACAACAGAAAAGCCACAAGUGGCAAUUAUGUUAUCGAUCCCGAUGGAGUUGGGGGCUACAAGUCUUUUGCUGUUCACUGCGACAUGACAGACAAGAAUGAAGUUGGCGUAACAGUUGUCGGUCACGACAGUGAAGGCAGAACUCUAGUUAACGGCUAUGAAGGAAAAGGAAGCUACGUACGUGAUGUCCAUUACGAAGGGUCAGGGCUAACUAGCAACCCACAAUUGUUUGGCCUUCUGAAUGUCGCUGCACAUUGUGAGCAAUUUAUCAAGUAUGAAUGCUAUCACGCACUUCUUCUGGAUAAUGGUAAACCAUAUAGCUGGUGGGUAUCGCGUGACUCCAAGAAAAUGACCUACUGGGGUGGAGCCAGCCCAGCUGACUCCUACAAGUGCGCAUGCGGGGUGACCAAUACAUGUGCAGACAUCAGAAGUGGAUGCAACUGUGAUAAAAAUGAUAAAGCCUGGCGUGAGGACAGCGGUCUUCUAACUCAAAAGAGUGACCUGCCAGUUUUACAGUUAAGAUUUGGAGAUACAGGAACUGAUUUUGAGAGAGGUUAUCAUACCCUUGGGAAACUCAAGUGUUACGGAAUAGCUUCUGUGCAUUGA